GUGACGUAGCGGGCGGUGGCGGAGCGGCGGAACGAGGCGGCGGCGCGGCCGGGCCGGGCCUGGGGCACCCCGGCACAGAUGGACCCGUCGUCCCCGCCCUUCCUGCUGGCCAAGCUGACCCCGCUGCACUCGGAGCAGCUCCUGCAGGGCCUGAACCUGCUGCGGCAGCACCAGGAGCUGUGCGACGUGGUGCUGCGCGUGGGCGAGGCCAAGAUCCACGCGCACAAGGUGGUGCUGGCCAGCAUCAGCCCCUACUUCAAGGCCAUGUUCACGGGGAACCUGUCGGAGAAGGAGAACGCCGAGGUGGAGUUCCAGUGCGUGGACGAGGCGGCACUGCAGGCCAUCGUGGAGUACGCCUACACCGGCACCGUGUUCAUCUCGCAGGACACCGUGGAGUCGCUGCUGCCCGCCGCCAACCUGCUGCAGGUCAAGCUGGUGCUCAAGGAGUGCUGCGCCUUCCUGGAGAGCCAGCUGGACCCCGGCAACUGCAUCGGCAUCGCGCGCUUCGCCGAGACCUACGGCUGCCACGAGCUCUACCUGGCCGCCAGCAAGUUCAUCUGCCAGAACUUCGAGGACGUGUGCCAGACCGAGGAGUUCCUGGAGCUGACGCACUCGGAGCUGGACGAGAUCGUGUCCAACGACUGCCUGAACGUGGUGACGGAGGAGACGGUGUUCUACGCGCUCGAGGCCUGGGUCAAGUACGACGUGCAGGAGCGCCAGAAGUACCUGGCGCAGCUGCUGCACUGCGUGCGCCUGCCCCUGCUCAGCGUCAAGUUCCUCACGCGCCUCUACGAGGCCAACCACCUGAUCAGGGACGACCACACCUGCAAGCACCUGCUCAACGAGGCCCUCAAGUACCACUUCAUGCCCGAGCACAGACUGUCCCACCAGAGCAUGCUGCUGACACGGCCGCGCUGCGCGCCCAAGGUGCUCUGCGCCGUCGGGGGCAAGGCCGGGCUCUUCGCCUGCCUGGAGAGCAUGGAGAUGUAUUUCCCCCAGAACGACUCGUGGAUCGGGCUGGCCCCUCUCAGCAUCCCCCGCUAUGAGUUUGGCAUCUGCGUGCUGGAGCAGAAGAUCUACGUGGUGGGAGGCAUCGCCACCCACGUGUGCCAGGGCAUCAGCUACAGGAAACACGAGAGCUCAGUGGAGUGCUGGGACCCCGACACCAACACCUGGAGCUCCCUGGACAGGAUGUUCGAGAGCCGCAGCACGCUGGGCGUGGCCGUGCUGGCAGGAGAGCUCUAUGCCCUGGGGGGUUAUGAUGGCCAGUCCUACCUGAGGAGCGUGGAGAAGUACAUCCCCAAGGUCAAGGAGUGGCAGCUGGUGGCCCCCAUGAGCAGGACACGGAGCUGCUUCGCUGCUGCAGUGCUGGAUGGGAUGAUCUACGCCAUUGGGGGGUAUGGGCCUGCCCACAUGAACAGCAUGGAGCGCUACGAUCCCAGCAAGAACUCGUGGGAGACCGUGGCCUCCAUGGCUGACAAACGGAUAAACUUUGGGGUGGGGGUCAUGCUGGGCUUCAUCUUCGUGGUGGGGGGACACAAUGGGGUGUCCCACCUGUCGAGCAUCGAGAGGUACGACCCCCACCAGAACCAGUGGACCGUGUGCCGGCCCAUGAAGGAGCCCAGGACAGGCGUGGGGGCAGCGGUGAUCGACAACCAGCUGUACGUGGUGGGGGGGCACUCGGGCUCCUCCUACCUGAACACGGUGCAGAGGUACGAGCCCAUCUCGGACUCGUGGCUGGACUCGGCGGGGAUGCUCUACUGCCGCUGCAACUUCGGCCUCACGGCGCUCUGAGAGUGGCUUGGAGCUGAGCUGAGCCUGGAGCUGAGCCUGCUGCACCUGAGCUGAGCCCAGAGCUGAGGCUGGAG